UUUUUUUAACGCUACAACAGAGCGUGAAGGUAGGGCAGAAAGGCAAAUGAAGCAAACUACAAGCAAUGUGAUUCUCAAAAGCUUGAAAAACAGGAUGCUUCUGAUGGUUUUCUGAACGCGAUUUUUCAACACCGUUCAGUCAGUUCUCAGAUAAAGGUAAAGUGCAGAACACCUUAGUGCCCUCACUGCGACAUUGUUAUUCAACCUAACCGGUGGAUUGCAGGGAACGGCUCAGCAAGACAUUUUCAAGUGAAAUUCUUUUGGUUGCUGCAUUGUUUUCUGCUUACAAACAUUGAAAUUUCCGGAAAAUGAAUGGACAAAGUUUCUUCGUAUUGACAUUGAUGACGGUAGGUCUGUCCAAAGGAAAAUUAGUGGAACGACAAACAAAUAGGGCAGAAAGGUACACACUUGAGCACAACGACAUCAGCAGUACACGUUACUUGGGAGAAGCUUGUGUUUCGAGUGGCGCCUGCCGUCGUGGAAAUCGUGACAGCGUUUGUCAUCAUGGCGUCUGCACAUGUCUGCCAUUUCACAUGGCUCAAAAUGCCACAACCUGUCUUCCAACUGCUUUACUCGGAUUUGAAUGCUUUGCUAAUUCUCAGUGCAGUUUACGCGUACCCAAUUCAGGAUGCAUAGAUGGGACGUGCCAGUGUAGCAGGGGCUAUACUCCUUAUCGUCGUCAUCUUUGUCUUCCACCGGCACGCUUGGGACACAAAUGCUUCGGUGACGAUCAAUGCCGUUUGUCUGAUAAACAUUCCUAUUGCAAGUUUAUCAUUCCAAAUGUGUAUGGUCGUUGUUAUUGCGACGAAACAGCUGAACACUUUGGCCAAAGUUGCAUCAAGCCACGAUUGGCUAUUGGUUCACGGUGCUCCUCUUCUGCCGAAUGUAAAGCUCAUAUAAAAAAUUCAUUGUGCCACGAUUCUACCUGCGUUUGUGACUACGGAUUCACUAUCGGUUGGACCGACAACCGAUGUGUUGCCACCCUGAAAGGUUUGAACGAGAACCAACUUAAUUUCAACCAGAAAGCGAGCAUCGGCCAGCCGUGUACAUCGUGGGCUCAAUGCCAAGCUGCUGAUUUCAAUUCCGGCUGUAUUGACGGCUAUUGCCAGUGUAUCGCCGGUGAAGCGCAAUGCGGGAGAAACAAUACUGGAUGCCAUCCCCUCACCUUCCAGUGUAGGUCUUCUGGACGUUGCAUCAGCCGUUCAUUAACUUGUAACGGGCAUGCCGAUUGUGAGGAUGCCUCUGAUGAAAUCGAUUGUCGUCGACGUCCCUGUCCAACCGGCUCCUUUCCUUGUGGAGCUCAUUGCAUAUCGGGAAUGUUUAUUUGCGAUGGAAUCCAACAUUGUGCCGACGGAUCAGACGAAGAUCGAUGUCAGGUAGAAGAUGGCGAAGAUUGCCCAGGAAACAGUUUUAAAUGUAACGACGGAACCUGCGUACCGGAACACGCUUUUUGCAAUUCGAUUGUUGACUGUAGUGAUGGUAGCGAUGAGCCAGAACAAGCAUGCAAACGGGAAUAUCGAAAAAAGAAGUCCGACGAGUAUUGCCCCGUCAAAUGCGGCAAUGGAAGAUGCAGAAGUGCGGCUGUUUUAUGCACAGGCCAGGACGGAUGUGGUGAUAAUACAGACGAGAAGCAAUGUGAAAUCUGUCGCUGCCCUACCAUCGUUCACCAAGUAUAAUAGCACGAUGUCCCAUGGUUCCACUAUGAUAAAUUAAAGUUUUUGAUUGUUUUUGCAACUGAUAGCAAAAUACAUAGUAUGGAUUCGUCUGCUG